CGGAGGAGGAGGCGGCUGCAGGGGGAGGAGAGCGCGAGCGCACGCCGGCGGAGGUGUGGGUGUUCCGCUUCCAUCCUAACGGAACGGGCUCGGACUUCGCGGACAUGGGACUACCCAGCGGCUGCUGAACCCCGCUUCCCGCCGGGCUCCCCCAGAGCCGCGCGGCUCCCCAGGGCUCCAAGGUUGCUGACCACAGAAACACAGGCUUCGGAUCUCUGACUGGGCAGUGCUUUGGCAGCAGAGGGCCUGACCCUGGUCAGGAUUUUCAAGGAAGACAUGUCUGACAAAAUGUCUAGCUUCCUGCAUAUUGGAGACAUUUGUUCUCUGUACGCGGAGGGAUCGACCAAUGGAUUCAUCAGCACCUUGGGCCUGGUUGAUGACCGUUGUGUUGUACAGCCAGAAGCCGGAGACCUUAACAAUCCGCCGAAGAAAUUCAGAGACUGCCUCUUCAAGCUAUGUCCCAUGAAUCGCUACUCUGCCCAGAAGCAGUUCUGGAAAGCUGCUAAGCCGGGGGCCAAUAGCACAACAGAUGCGGUGCUGCUCAACAAGCUGCAUCAUGCUGCAGACUUGGAAAAGAAGCAGAAUGAGACGGAAAACAGGAAGCUGCUGGGGACGGUGAUCCAGUACGGCAAUGUGAUCCAGCUCCUGCAUCUGAAAAGUAAUAAAUACCUAACUGUGAACAAGAGACUUCCAGCCCUGCUAGAGAAGAAUGCCAUGAGAGUGACGUUGGAUGAAGCUGGAAACGAAGGGUCCUGGUUUUACAUCCAGCCAUUCUACAAGCUGCGAUCCAUCGGAGACAGUGUGGUCAUUGGGGACAAGGUGGUUCUGAAUCCAGUCAAUGCCGGCCAGCCCCUCCAUGCCAGCAGCCAUCAGCUGGUGGACAACCCAGGUUGCAACGAGGUCAAUUCCGUCAAUUGCAAUACAAGCUGGAAGAUAGUCCUGUUCAUGAAGUGGAGCGACAACAAAGAGGACAUUUUGAAGGGGGGCGAUGUGGUGAGGCUCUUCCACGCGGAGCAGGAGAAGUUUCUCACGUGUGAUGAGCAUAGGAAGAAGCAACAUGUGUUCCUGAGGACCACCGGCCGGCAGUCGGCCACAUCUGCCACCAGUUCCAAAGCCCUGUGGGAGGUGGAGGUAGUCCAGCAUGACCCUUGUCGUGGUGGAGCAGGAUAUUGGAACAGCCUCUUCCGUUUCAAGCACCUGGCCACAGGGCAUUACUUGGCCGCAGAGGUAGACCCUGACUUUGAGGAAGAAUGCCUGGAGUUUCCACCCUCAGUGGACCCAGACCAGGAUGCGUCUCGGAGUAGGCUGCGAAAUGCCCAAGAAAAGAUGGUAUACUCCCUGGUCUCUGUGCCUGAAGGCAAUGAUAUCUCCUCCAUCUUUGAGCUCGACCCUACCACCCUCCGUGGAGGUGACAGCCUCGUCCCCAGGAACUCCUAUGUCCGGCUUAGACACCUGUGCACCAAUACCUGGGUUCACAGCACAAAUAUUCCUAUUGACAAGGAAGAGGAGAAGCCCGUAAUGCUGAAGAUCGGCACCUCUCCCGUGAAGGAGGAUAAGGAGGCCUUUGCCAUUGUUCCUGUGUCUCCCGCUGAAGUUCGGGACCUGGACUUUGCCAAUGAUGCCAGCAAGGUGCUGGGCUCCAUUGCCGGGAAGCUGGAGAAGGGCACCAUCACCCAGAAUGAAAGACGGUCUGUAACGAAGCUGCUGGAGGACUUGGUUUACUUUGUCACUGGUGGAACUAACUCUGGCCAGGACGUGCUUGAAGUUGUCUUCUCCAAGCCCAACAGAGAACGGCAGAAGCUGAUGAGGGAGCAGAACAUUCUCAAACAGAUCUUCAAGUUGCUGCAGGCCCCCUUCACAGACUGCGGGGACGGCCCCAUGCUGCGGCUGGAGGAGCUAGGGGACCAGCGGCACGCUCCCUUCAGACAUAUCUGUCGCCUCUGCUACAGGGUCCUGAGGCACUCACAGCAAGACUACAGGAAGAACCAGGAGUACAUAGCCAAGCAGUUUGGCUUCAUGCAGAAGCAGAUUGGCUAUGAUGUGCUGGCAGAAGACACUAUCACGGCCCUGCUCCACAACAACCGGAAACUCCUGGAAAAGCACAUCACCGCCGCAGAGAUUGAUACUUUUGUUAGUCUUGUGCGAAAGAACAGGGAGCCCAGGUUCUUAGAUUACCUCUCCGACCUCUGUGUGUCCAUGAACAAGUCAAUUCCAGUGACACAGGAGCUGAUCUGUAAAGCCGUGCUGAAUCCCACCAAUGCGGACAUCCUCAUUGAGACCAAGUUGGUUCUUUCUCGUUUUGAAUUUGAAGGUGUUUCAACUGGAGAAAAUGCUCUGGAGGCUGGAGAAGAUGAGGAAGAGGUGUGGCUAUUUUGGAGGGACAGCGACAAAGAAAUUCGUAGUAAGAGUGUCAGGGAAUUGGCCCAGGAUGCUAAAGAAGGACAAAAAGAAGACCGAGAUGUUCUCAGCUACUACAGGUAUCAGCUGAACCUCUUUGCGAGGAUGUGCCUGGACCGCCAGUACCUGGCCAUCAAUGAAAUCUCAGGCCAGCUGGAUGUGGACCUCAUCCUUCGCUGCAUGUCCGAUGAGAACCUGCCCUAUGACCUGAGGGCUUCCUUCUGCCGCCUCAUGCUUCACAUGCAUGUGGACCGAGACCCCCAGGAACAGGUCACCCCUGUGAAAUAUGCCCGCCUCUGGUCGGAGAUCCCCUCCGAGAUUGCCAUUGAUGACUACGACAGUAGUGGUGCAUCCAAAGAUGAGAUUAAGGAGAGGUUUGCGCAAACCAUGGAGUUCGUGGAGGAGUAUUUGAGAGACGUGGUUUGUCAGAGGUUCCCUUUUUCUGAUAAGGAGAAAAAUAAGCUCACGUUCGAGGUUGUAAACUUAGCCAGGAAUCUCAUAUACUUUGGUUUCUACAACUUCUCUGACCUCCUACGGUUAACCAAGAUCCUCCUGGCCAUAUUAGAUUGUGUGCAUGUGACAACAAUCUUCCCCAUUACCAAGAUUGUGAAAGGAGAAGAGAAUAAAGGUAACAAUGAUGAGGAGAAGCUCAAGAGCAGCAACGUGAUGAGGUCUAUUCACGGUGUCGGCGAGCUGAUGACUCAGGUGGUGCUCCGGGGAGGAGGCUUUUUGCCUAUGACUCCCAUGGCUGCCGCCCCUGAAGGCAACGUGAAGCAGGCGGAGCCCGAGAAAGAGGACAUCAUGGUCAUGGAUACCAAACUGAAGAUCAUUGAAAUUCUCCAGUUUAUUUUGAAUGUGAGAUUGGAUUAUAGGAUCUCCUGCCUCCUGUGUAUAUUUAAACGAGAGUUUGAUGAAAGCAAUUCCCAGACUUCAGAAACGUCCUCCGGAAAUAGCAGCCAAGAAGGGCCAAGUAGUGUACCAGGUGCUCUAGACUUUGAACACAUUGAAGAACAAGCGGAAGGCAUCUUUGGAGGGAGUGAGGAGAACACCCCGCUGGACUUGGACGAUCACGGUGGCAGGACCUUCCUCCGCGUCCUCCUGCACUUGACGAUGCACGACUACCCACCCCUGGUGUCUGGGGCCCUGCAGCUCCUCUUUCGGCACUUCAGUCAGAGGCAGGAGGUCCUCCAGGCCUUCAAACAGGUCCAACUGCUGGUUACGAGCCAAGACGUGGACAACUACAAACAAAUCAAACAGGACUUGGAUCAGCUGCGGUCCAUUGUGGAGAAGUCAGAGCUCUGGGUGUACAAAGGUCAGGGCCCCGACGAGCCCAUGGAGGGUGCCUCUGGUGAAAACGAGCACAAGAAAGCCGAGGAGGGGAAUAACAAGUCACAGAAGCACGAAAGCACCAGCAGCUACAACUACAGAGUGGUGAAAGAGAUUCUGAUUCGACUUAGCAAACUCUGUGUCCAAGAGAGCGCCUCGGUGAGGAAGAGCAGAAAGCAGCAGCAGCGGCUGCUGCGGAACAUGGGUGCACACGCCGUGGUGUUGGAGCUGCUGCAGAUCCCCUACGAGAAGGCCGAAGACACCAAGAUGCAGGAGAUAAUGAGGCUGGCUCACGAGUUUUUACAGAAUUUCUGCGCGGGCAACCAGCAGAAUCAAGCUUUGCUGCAUAAACACAUCAACCUGUUUCUCAACCCAGGGAUCCUGGAGGCCGUGACAAUGCAGCACAUCUUCAUGAACAACUUCCAGCUUUGCAGCGAGAUCAACGAGCGAGUGGUUCAGCACUUUGUCCACUGCAUCGAGACCCACGGGCGGAACGUCCAAUAUAUAAAGUUCUUGCAGACAAUUGUCAAGGCGGAAGGGAAAUUCAUUAAGAAGUGCCAAGACAUGGUCAUGGCUGAGCUGGUCAAUUCAGGAGAGGACGUCCUGGUGUUCUACAACGACAGAGCCUCUUUCCAGACGCUCAUCCAGAUGAUGCGGUCCGAGCGGGACCGGAUGGAUGAGAACAGCCCCCUCAUGUACCACAUUCACCUGGUGGAGCUGCUGGCUGUGUGCACGGAGGGCAAGAACGUCUACACUGAGAUCAAGUGCAACUCGCUGCUCCCGCUGGAUGACAUCGUCCGCGUGGUCACCCAUGAGGACUGCAUCCCCGAGGUUAAAAUUGCAUACAUUAACUUCCUAAAUCACUGCUAUGUGGAUACGGAGGUGGAAAUGAAGGAGAUUUACACCAGCAAUCACAUGUGGAAAUUAUUUGAAAAUUUCCUGGUGGACAUCUGCAGGGCCUGUAACAACACAAGCGACAGGAAACACGCGGACUCCAUUUUGGAGAAGUAUGUCACUGAAAUCGUGAUGAGUAUCGUUACUACCUUCUUCAGCUCUCCCUUCUCCGACCAGAGUACCACUUUGCAGACUCGCCAGCCUGUCUUUGUACAACUACUGCAGGGUGUGUUCAGAGUUUACCACUGCAACUGGCUAAUGCCAAGCCAGAAAGCCUCUGUGGAGAGCUGCAUCCGGGUGCUUUCUGAUGUAGCCAAGAGCCGGGCCAUUGCUAUUCCUGUGGACCUGGACAGCCAAGUGAACAACCUGUUCCUGAAGUCCCACAACAUUGUGCAGAAAACCGCCAUGAACUGGAGGCUGUCAGCCCGCAACGCUGCCCGAAGAGACUCCGUUCUAGCAGCUUCCCGAGACUACCGGAAUAUCAUCGAGAGAUUGCAGGACAUUGUCUCCGCGCUGGAGGACCGCCUAAGGCCCCUGGUCCAGGCCGAGUUAUCCGUGCUGGUGGACGUCCUGCACAGACCCGAGCUGCUUUUCCCCGAGAACACAGAUGCCAGAAGGAAAUGUGAAAGUGGCGGCUUCAUUUGCAAAUUAAUAAAGCAUACUAAGCAGCUGCUAGAGGAAAAUGAAGAAAAACUUUGCAUUAAAGUCUUACAGACCCUGAGAGAAAUGAUGACCAAAGACAGAGGCUACGGAGAAAAGGGUGAGGCGCUCAGACAAAUUCUGGUCAACCGUUACUAUGGAAACAUCAGACCUUCGGGAAGACGAGAGAGCCUUACCAGCCUUGGCAAUGGCCCCCUGUCACCAGGAGGACCCAGCAAGCCUGGGGGAGGAGGCGGAGGCUCUGGAUCUGGCUCUAUGAGUAGGGGUGAGAUGAGCCUGGCGGAGGUUCAGUGUCACCUCGACAAAGAAGGAGCCUCCAACCUGGUGAUAGACCUCAUCAUGAAUGCGUCCAGCGACCGUGUGUUCCACGAGAGCAUCCUCCUGGCCAUCGCCCUGCUGGAGGGAGGCAACACCACCAUCCAGCACUCUUUUUUCUGCCGGUUGACAGAAGACAAGAAGUCAGAGAAGUUCUUUAAGGUCUUUUAUGAUCGAAUGAAGGUGGCCCAGCAGGAGAUCAAGGCGACAGUGACAGUGAACACCAGUGACUUGGGAAACAAAAAGAAGGACGAUGAGAUAGACAGGGAUGCCCCGUCCCGGAAAAAAGCCAAAGAGCCAUCCCCGCAGAUCACAGAGGAGGUCCGCGAUCAGCUCCUGGAGGCGUCCGCAGCCACCAGGAAAGCCUUCUCCACCUUCAGGAGGGAGGCCGACCCCGACGACCACUACCAGCCAGGGGAGGGCGCCCAGGCCACCGCUGACAAGGCCAAGGACGACCUGGAGAUGAGCGCCGUCAUCACCAUCAUGCAGCCCAUCCUGCGCUUCCUGCAGCUCCUGUGCGAGAACCACAACCGAGACCUCCAGAACUUUCUCCGCUGCCAAAAUAACAAGACCAACUAUAAUUUGGUGUGUGAGACACUGCAGUUUCUGGACUGCAUUUGCGGAAGCACUACCGGAGGCCUUGGUCUUCUUGGACUGUACAUAAACGAAAAGAAUGUUGCACUCAUCAACCAGACCCUGGAAAGUCUGACAGAGUACUGCCAAGGACCUUGCCACGAGAACCAGAACUGCAUAGCCACCCACGAGUCCAACGGCAUUGACAUCAUCACGGCCCUGAUCCUCAAUGACAUCAACCCUCUGGGAAAGAAGCGGAUGGACCUGGUGUUAGAACUGAAGAACAAUGCUUCCAAGCUGCUCCUGGCCAUCAUGGAGAGCAGGCACGACAGCGAGAACGCCGAGAGGAUCCUCUACAACAUGAGACCCAAGGAGCUGGUGGAAGUGAUCAAGAAAGCCUACAUGCAAGGCGAAGUGGAAUUUGAGGACGGAGAAAAUGGAGAGGACGGAGCUGCUUCCCCCAGGAACGUGGGCCACAACAUCUACAUCCUCGCUCACCAGUUGGCUCGGCAUAACAAAGAACUUCAGACCAUGCUGAAACCUGGCGGCCAAGUGGACGGAGAUGAAGCUCUGGAAUUCUACGCCAAGCACACGGCACAGAUUGAGAUUGUCAGAUUAGACCGGACAAUGGAGCAGAUUGUCUUCCCCGUGCCCAGCAUCUGUGAAUUCCUAACAAAAGAGUCAAAAUUACGAAUAUACUACACCACCGAGAGAGAUGAGCAGGGUAGCAAAAUCAACGACUUCUUCCUGCGCUCCGAAGACCUCUUCAACGAAAUGAACUGGCAGAAGAAACUGCGAGCCCAGCCCGUCCUGUACUGGUGUGCUCGCAACAUGUCUUUCUGGAGCAGCAUCUCAUUUAACCUGGCCGUCCUGAUGAAUCUGCUUGUGGCGUUCUUCUACCCAUUUAAAGGAGUGCGAGGAGGAACGCUAGAGCCGCACUGGUCCGGCCUGCUGUGGACAGCCAUGCUCAUCUCUCUGGCCAUCGUCAUUGCCCUGCCCAAACCCCAUGGCAUCCGGGCCCUAAUUGCUUCCACAAUUCUGCGGCUGAUAUUUUCCGUCGGGUUACAACCCACGUUAUUUCUGCUGGGCGCUUUCAAUGUCUGCAAUAAAAUCAUCUUUCUGAUGAGCUUUGUGGGCAACUGUGGAACAUUCACCAGGGGUUACCGAGCCAUGGUUCUGGAUGUUGAGUUCCUCUAUCAUUUGCUGUAUCUGCUGAUCUGCGCCAUGGGGCUCUUUGUCCACGAGUUCUUCUACAGUUUGCUGCUUUUUGAUUUAGUGUACCGAGAAGAGACAUUGCUUAAUGUCAUCAAAAGCGUCACCCGCAACGGACGGUCUAUCAUCUUGACAGCAGUGCUGGCUCUGAUCCUGGUCUACCUGUUUUCCAUAGUGGGAUAUCUUUUCUUCAAGGAUGAUUUUAUCUUGGAAGUAGAUAAAUUGCCCAAUGAAACAGCUGUUCCAGAAACCAGCGAGAGUUUGGCAAGAGAGUUCCUGUACUCUGAUGUGUGCAGGGUGGAGACAGGGGAGAACUGCUCCUCCCCCGCCCCUAAGGAAGCGCUGGUGGUCCCCGUGGAGCACACGGAGCAGGACAAGGAGCACACGUGCGAGACCCUGCUGAUGUGCAUCGUCACCGUGCUGAGUCACGGGCUGCGGAGUGGGGGCGGAGUGGGAGACGUGCUCCGGAAGCCAUCAAAGGAGGAGCCCCUCUUUGCCGCGAGAGUGAUCUACGACCUCUUGUUCUUCUUCAUGGUCAUCAUCAUUGUCCUCAACCUGAUUUUUGGGGUCAUCAUUGACACCUUCGCCGACCUGAGGAGUGAGAAGCAGAAGAAAGAGGAGAUCUUGAAGACCACAUGCUUCAUCUGUGGCUUAGAAAGAGACAAGUUUGACAACAAGACGGUCACCUUUGAGGAGCACAUCAAGGAAGAGCACAACAUGUGGCACUACCUGUGCUUCAUCGUCCUGGUGAAGGUGAAGGACUCCACCGAGUACACGGGGCCCGAGAGCUACGUGGCGGAGAUGAUCAAGGAAAGGAACCUGGACUGGUUCCCCAGGAUGCGGGCCAUGUCCUUGGUGAGCAGUGACUCGGAGGGAGAGCAAAACGAGCUGCGGAACCUGCAGGAGAAGCUGGAGUCCACCAUGAAGCUGGUCACCAAUCUCUCUGGCCAACUGUCGGAAUUGAAGGACCAGAUGACAGAACAGAGGAAGCAGAAACAAAGAAUUGGCCUUCUAGGACAUCCUCCUCACAUGAAUGUCAACCCACAGCAGCCGGCCUAAGCAGAUGCGCUACAGGAGUGGUAUUUACCCUUUUCAGUUAUCAGCGGUGUGGGUGCGGCUAAUCACUUCUGAUUUCAGCCACUGAGGUUGCGUCCACACUUAGUACAUUUGUAAAUACUCAGUUUUUCUACCAUAUGUAUAUGAUUGCUACUCUAAAGGUUUGGAUAUAUGUAUUGUAAGUAGAUUUGUUGGCAUAAUGACUUUUCAUUUGUGCCAAAAAAAAAAAAUAUAUAUAUAUAUAUUUUAAAAAAUGCCUUUCUUGGAAGGACUAAAGAAAGCACCUGAUUUGCACUUGAACCAGAUUAUUGACUUAAAAGUAUACGACAUGUAUUUUGUAUUUAAAAAACUAGUAUAGCCAGUAUUUAUGUCAUUUAUAUAUAUAUACAUAUAUAUAAAACUGUGCAAUACGAAUUAUGUAAUCACGACAAAUUUGUAACUCCCGCAUACCCUAAUAAGGGAGUGUCCAUCUUUGAAGCUGGUGUGUGAAUACUAUGUAAUAAAUGGUUAAAUAUCAAAUGAUGCUGCUGCCAGAAUUAUAUUAAUAGUGAGUUUCAGGCCCUUGGGCAUCCCAUACCAUGUAAUUAUCCUAUGGUGAUGCUUUUUCUCCUUGCUAGUAGCAUCCGUGCCUCUGUCUCUUAGUGACAUGCGCCAAGUCUAGAAACUGUACAAUCAACAUUCAUUUUAAAGAAAAACAACCUUAGUUUCAAGGAUACUUUUAAGCUUCUAAAUCUAUCAUUUAAACUACAUCUUUAAGUAAGAGCCAUAUUAGAGGCUCACACUUUAGCUUGUGAAGAAUUUAGUGAACUCUUUUUUUAAAGGGAACCUUUUAAGUAUUGUUUGAGAUAACUGAGAAUUUGUUGGCCAACCCAGUAUCACGUCCAGGGUGAAUUUCGAUGUCAUGUUCUGAGGAAAUAAGGUAACACCGAUGGUGGUUUCCAGGUUCUUUAGUCCAAACAGUAGAGUUGUAUUUUCCUUCAUCGGAACCAUCUGGCUACCGUGGCGAAGGAUGAAAACUCUGUGCAUCCAUGUGAAGUUGAGAUUGGAGCUGUCCCCUGAGAAUCCGUACUUGAACACUGAACACUGACAUACGUGGACCUCUUGUGAAAGAGCCGCGCUUUGGCUUUAUUCCUUCAUCACCUGAGUUCUUGUCUGGAUGGAUGAGAGGGAUGAGGGAACUUUGCUACCUAGUUUUGUACCUGGGUCUCAUUUUACUCCAGAGCCUCUCUGCAAAAAAAAUAAAAAUAAAAAAAGUUUCAACACGUAUCAAUAGCAGAUUUCUGAACUGAGAGUCAAGUUUGUAAAUGCAUAUAUAAAAAUAUUUAAUAAAUGAUGCAGAAUAAUAAAAGUG